AUGUGCGCUGCGAACCUUGUCACCGUUUACCAACUGCCCGUCUCAUACCGCUUGGUUGGGAGUUAUGGGGUGACGCGUCUUCCCGAACUUGGAGGAAGAUCAUGGAAUAAACAUUGGCAAGGCACCGUGGAGGACGGCGCAGGGGAUGCACACGAUGACGAUGGGACACCCGAAGUGGGAUCUGCGAAGGUCGAGCUGGAACGGAUCAAAGAGGACGAGUGCCCAUAA